AUGGCCAGCAUGAAUACUCCUCCUACCUCACCGUCGCUGGCGUUUGGGACGCAGGCGUCAGACGGCGGCGUUCCAUGCUCUUCGACACAGUGUCUGGCCAGAGAUCUUAGGCGAUGGGGUAAUGAGUGUCCCAAAUCUCCCUGCUCUGCGAGGGGAGACAGUGAUGUGGAUGAGCGUCUGCUCUGUUCGCUAGCAGGACGCGGACUGGAUCUCAUCGCGGACGCGAAAGCGCAUCUGGGCACGCUGCCGGUCGGACGAGGCCCGUACUGUUACGUGUACGAGGUACUGAACACGGGGAAGGUGAUCAAGUUCCCUCGCUCGAAGAGGCACAGCAAAAUGGUGCUGUUAGAGGCCGCAGUGCAAUAUACUAUUGCUUUGCAAUGUCGUCACGUGACGCCAGUGCUUGCCGUCUCGUACGUUAGUAAGCAGCAAUUCACGGGGCUGCGGGCCAGCGAGUGUGUGCCCGGCAUUGUGAUGCCGAGGAUGAGGAUGGAUUUGCAGCGCUUCUAUCAAGCACAUGAUCACGUGGAAGUGCGGCGGAUCUGGUGGAAGGCCGCUGAACAGACGCUGAGCUGUUUGCAGUCCCUCAAGACGCAGGCUUUCAUUCAUGGGGAUAUAAAGACGGCCAACAUACUGCUUGACUUCGAGCAAGAGCCUAAUUUUUUCUUGGCGGAUUUUAGCACUGCCAAGAAAGUGCCGCGCGGUAGUCGCGCGAUCCGCGGCGCGUCGAUCCAGGCAACCAUGGAGUACUGCGCUCCGGAAACGUUGCGAGACUCGAUAGAGUCAUUUGACACAGACCUUUAUUCUCUGGGGCUCUGUUUGCUGGCGCUGAUCACUCGGCAGGAGCCGUUCCGCGAGCUGCAGCAGGCCAAGAACCAUGGAACAUACUCGGUUCAGCAGUCGCAAUGGCUGGUGAACGCCGUGCUAAAGAAUGACCCCAUAAAUUUGAACGUGUUGAGCAAAUCGCUUCAUUGCCAGUGGCCCGACGAGCUUUCGUUUCUGUCGUUGAUCCUUGUAAAGAGACUUCCGGUGGAAGAUUGUAUAGUCGCUAUAUCUCGAUUUCACCGUUAA